UGGAAACGGUCAACUCAUCGGGAUGUGAGCAUCAUUCACAUUUCAAAAUGGAUAAAAAAAAACACCAUUCAGAGUGGAGAGAAGCCAUGGAAAUGUGGAGACUGUGGGAAGGGAUUCAAUUACCCAUCGCAGCUGGAAACUCACUGGCGCAGUCACACUGGUGAGCGCCCAUUUAGCUGCUCUGUAUGUGGCAAGGGAUUUACUCAGUUAUCCAAUGUACUGACUCAUCAGCAUGUUCACACUGAGGAGAGAAGGUUUAAAUGCUCUGACUGUGAAAAGAGCUUUAAAAAUCAAUAUGCACUGACUGAACACCAGCGAGUUCACAACAGGCAUGCACCAUUCAGCUGCUCCCAGUGUGGGAAGAGCUUCAGGACAUCAUCCCAACUACUGAGACACCAGCAAGUUCACACUGACGAGAGACCUUUUAAAUGUCCAGACUGUGGGAAAUGCUGCAAAAGCUCCAAGGAUCUGAUGUCCCAUCAACUAGUUCAUACUGAGGACAAACCAUUCAAGUGCUCUCACUGUGGGAAUGGGUUCAGACGAUCAUCUGACCUCACUGUACACCAGCGAGUUCACACUGGGGAGAGGCCGUUCACUUGCUCCCAGUGUGGGAAAAGAUUUACUCAGUCAUCCCACCUGCUGACACACCAGCGAGUUCACUCUUCUGAGAGGCCAUUCACCUGCUCUGAUUGCGGGAAGGGAUUCACUCAAUCAUCCACUUUGCAGAAUCACCAGAGAAUCCAUUCUGAAAAGAGGCCGUUCACCUGCUCCGAUUGUGGGAAGGGAUUCACUCGGUCAUCCACUUUGCUGAGACACCAGCGGGUUCACACUGACGAGAGACCUUUUAAAUGCUUGGACUGUAAGAAGUGCUUCAAAAGUUCUGGGGAACUCAUGUACCAUCAACGUGUUCACACCGAUGAAAAACCGUUCAGAUGCUCUCACUGUGGGUCUGGGUUCAGGCGAUCAUGGCAACUCAGUGAACACCAAAUGAUUCACACUGGGAAGAGGCCAUUCUCCUGCUCUGUGUGUGGGAAGGGAUUCACUCAUUCAUCCAACCUGCUGAGACACCGGCGAGGUCACAAGUAACAGCAGGGUUUGGUUUCUGCUGUUAAUCACAACCAGGACUGAAUAAUUUUCAUUCAGAGAGGCAGUGGGUGGGUGUUGAUCCUGAUUUCAGUUACCCCAGUUAGUUAAUGGUGCCCAGCAGCAUCUCUCGUUCAUACGUGAACGGACCAUCAUAUCUGCGCAUCUUAUUUUUAAAUUGAAAUUUGCUCAGGAUCAACAUUGAACUGAAGGGGAACAAUAAACUGAUCAGAGUACCGUAACUCCAGGAUGAGACUGUGUAAGCUCUGAAUGUUGGGAAUCUCCCCCUGAUCUGUUCGAUAGACAUGCUUUUUAAACCUGUCAGAUAUCGAAGGAAUUCUUCUUCGAAUAACUUCACCAACUGAUCACCUCAGAUUCCUCCCUGCUGUAAUGGAUACUCAUCCAUUGGAGCUGAUUUACACUGACUGACCUGUGGCAUCUUUGUUCCUUUUGUGAAGUCACUGUCCCCAUUAGAGCUGAACUGCUGGAUAACUCUGACACUCGUACAUUUCUAUACAGAAACUGUCAGUGCAAAUUUAACUGUAAGUUGUAAAUAGUGUCAAUGGCAUGAUAUAGUGUGCAGUUCUGGUCAACAGAGGGUGGAGAGGGUGCAAAAUAGGAUGUUGCCUGGACUGGAGUAUAUUAACUGUAGAGAGGUUGGACAAGUUGGAUUGUUUUCACUGAUGUAUUGAAUGCUGAGGGGCGAUAUGAUAGAAGUACAUCAAAUUAUGAGAGGCAUGGGAUAGUCUGAAUCUUUUUCCCUGGGAGGGAAAUGCCAAAUACCAAGGGGCAUGGGUUUAAGAUGAGAAGGGAAAAAUUUAAAGGAAAUGUGUGAGGAAGGUUUUUUUUCACAGAAGAGGUAAGUGCCUGGAAUGUGAUUAUGGGGAGGUGGUAGAAGAAGAAAUAAAAGCCAUGUUUAAGAGGUACUUAGACAGAAAUAUGAACAGGCAGGGAUAUAUGGACCUUGUGCAGGCAGCUGGGAUUAGUUUAGAAUGGCAUCAUGCUUGGCCUCUUCCUGUGCUAUUCUAUGUUCAAUAUAGUCUCAGAUCUUGGUGAUUUUUCAUGAAAGAUUGAAUUCUCACAUAGAGCAACUUCUCAUAGACUGAGGUUUAAUGAAUAGCAGAUAUAGGAGCAGGAGUCAUCCAUUCAGACAUUAAAGCCUGAUCCUCCUGAACUUUCUCCCAUUUUCCUGAACUAUCCCCAUUUCCCUUUACUCUAUACAUUACAUUAAAGCAAACUGAAAUGUC